AUGGAUCCCUACCUCUCUCGAACUCUCCAGUCGCUGACUCGGAGCAAAAUCCACGAGCUCGGAAAACAGCGCAACGCAUACGAAUCACGCAAAGCCGAGACACUUGCGAGCGCAGCCCAGCGCCCGGCCCUCCGCGAUAGAGUUGCACACCUCCUGGCUGGGACAAAGGAGCUCGCACCGGGCGCCUGUCAAGACAACGACAUUUCGAAUAUCGAGCACUGGGUUGAACAAGCUCGAUAUGACUCUUCAAUUCCCGCAGAAAAGCUCGUGGGGUUUGAAACACAUCUGCACAACGCUCUGGAUGCUCAUAGUCGAAAGCUAAAUCUCGCGGAUUUGUAUUCGCGUCUUUUGACCGAGUGGAUGACACCGCCUUCCAAGCAAAGCGCCGAUGAGGCAAAGAAUACUAGCGAAGAAGAGGAUUUUCUAGUUGUUGACGAGCGGCAAAAGCAGAGACUCCAGCAACUAUGUGAUCAGUUCGAGAGAACGGUGUUCGAGCCUCAUGAAACCGAUCCAAUUGAGACUGGCUUGUUUCUUUCCAACCUUUUUUCAACAGAAAAUAGCAAGAAUGCGCUGGAACGCUUGCGCAGACGUGUGCAGACGAAACUUGCGGACAUUUGGGAAGAGAAAGACCCUUUCACCGUUGACUCUUUAUCAGACUGCAUUCGAGGGAUCCAAAGAGAAGAAGUUGUAAGCGAAGAGAAACAAGAGACGUUGAAGCACUUUCUCAACAACAAGGUCGCGCUGUCUGAAAUUGCCGAUGUCCUCAACAUGCGAUAUGCCGAUCUGAAGAAUUGGGACUGGCAUGCUGGCGACGAAGGUGUGCCUGUGCUUCCUCGCCAGCAGCUCAAUGGCAAAUACCGAAUCUGGAUGGAUGACGACGUUUUGGAAACCAUUUUUGUGGAAUACAUCUGUGUCAAGCUUUGCGGCAUGCUCAAGACCACUUUAAAGGAUUAUAUCCAAGAUGAUUCGGGAUGGAACUUUUGCCAAGGCCCGCAAUUGACGGAUCGUGAUCGCCAUCGACGACAAUAUUUUAUUGGCAAUCAAGGUUGCGGUUCUGAAAAUGUUGAGUAUCUCCGCAGAGAGGACUUUGUCGACACCUUUUUCCUAGCAUCUAUGCCCGAAGGCCAACACACAUUGGCGAGUCGGGUCUGUGGUUACGAUGAAGAUGAAGAUGGCUCAGCUCAAGGAGAAAGUUCAGCUCCAAAGAGUGUAAAACAGCAGCUCCUACGAAAGAUUGUAACCGAAACAUUUUUUCGCCGUCAGUUCUAUGGCGAAGCCGCUGUUAUCCAGUCAGAUCUGCAGUGGUAUGCCACGUCGAUUCCCCAUAGUACCGCCUACACCAUCUUGGAGUUCAUCGGUUUCUCGCAAGAAUGGAUUCAGUUCCUCCGAAAAUACCUUGAAACGCCUUUGAACAUGGACAAAGCUUUUGAAGGACACGAAAAGGUCGGGCCUCGCAAGCGCAAAAGAGGUAUUCCGAUCGCACAUGCUUCGGAGAAAGUAAUUGGAGAGUUAAUCCUCUUCUUCAUGGAUCUCGCCGUCAAUGAAAAGACUGGUUUGCUAUUGUACCGUCUCCAUGAUGAUAUCUGGCUGUCCGGCGAGCCCGAGAAAUGUGCACAAGCAUGGGAGGUGAUGCAAAUGUUCGCCAAGAUCACCGGUCUCGAAUUCAACAAAAGCAAGUCUGGUUCAGCCUGUCUGGGUGACUCAGUCAGUGACAAAAUCAUAUCCCGAAUGCCUCGGGGUCCCGUCAAAAUUGGCUUUUUGAUGCUGGACGCAACGACGGGAGACUGGGUCAUUGAUCACGCUCAAGUUGAUGCACACGUCCGGCAGCUCAAGACUCAGCUUGGGAAUUGCGAUAGUGUCAUUUCAUGGGUUCGUACCUGGAACAGUUGUAUCGGGCGGUUUUUCAAGAACACCUUCGGUGAACCGGCUUACUGUUUUGGGCGUCCUCAUAUCGAUGCGAUUCUUGACACCUACAAAAAGAUGCAUCGGGUCAUUUUUGAGACUGAGCAUUCUCAGACGGGUUGCACUGUGACUGAGUAUUUGAGAAGAAGGAUUGAGUCGCAAUUCGAUGUAUCCGACGUUCCAGACGCGUUUUUCUUUCUUCCUGAGAAGCUUGGUGGUCUGGGUUUGCGUAACCCCUUCGUCUCGAUCUUCAUGCUACGCGAUAGUCUGACCGAGUCGCCUCACGAACUGAUGGAGGAGUUUAUGAAGAGCGAACGUGAGCUUUAUGGGAAGGAAAAAGGGUCGUUCGAGAAGACGAGCGCAAUUCAGCGACGUCGAACCUGGGAAAACAUGGGAAAUUACAUCGAGUCCGAAGAACUUCGGGCGGCAUUCUCACCAGAUGAGAUGGACACCUUUAUGUCCUUUGAUGAGUGGAGCAAGUUCCGCGAAGUCAAGAGCUCCAAAUUGUUUGAAUUGUACCAAACUUUCAUGAAUGUUCCCCGUGCAAACUAUCCGAAGACAACGUUAGCUGUGGAAACUGAAUUGGAGAGAGCCCGUGAAAGAUUCGGUGUUGGAAACUUGGAUGUAGAGACGAGUUGGACUCUUUAUAUGUAUGCCGAGGAUGUUCUGGCCAAAUUUGGUGGGUUAAAUCUAGUGGACAAGCAGUUCUUGCCCAUGGGUGUCUUGGACAUGAUCAAGGAGAAGAAGGUGACGUGGCAGAUGGUGCUUUAG